CUGUAGCACCCAGCAGAGGGAGCAGAAAGCAGAGGCAGAGAUAGGCAGCUACAUCGACUGACAAUGGGGGAGCAAGGCAGGUCCAGCAGCAACAAGAUCAGAGACAUUGUGAGGCUGCAACAACUUCUGAAGAAGUGGAAGCGGCUUGCACUCUCGCCAAAAGCCGGCAAGAGCAGCAGCAACCAUGGUGUUCCAAAGGGUUUCUUUGCGGUGUGCGUUGGCAUGGAGAUGAAGAGGUUUGUGAUCCCCACGGAGUACCUAGGCCACUGGGCAUUUGAGGAGCUCCUGAAGGAGGCAGAGGAGGAAUUUGGAUUCCAGCAUGAGGGAGCUCUGAGAAUCCCCUGUGAUGUGAAGGUGUUUGAGGGCAUCCUCAGGCUGGUGGGCAGGAAGGAGGCAGUUUGCUACAGUCCUUCACAGCCUGGGAUCUUAUGCAGAUAAUGAGUUUCUUUCUCAACAUCUCCUUUUCUUUUUCCAUUCUUGGUUCUUGGUGUUCCAUGGAGAAGAGAGGAGGAAGAGUCCGCAAAUUGACAGGCUUUGCAAAUUUAUACGGGAGGAUGAAACAAGGGAUUCACAUUCUUUUAAGAAUUUAAAAUGAAGGAUUUGCUCCAAGCAGAUUUAGUAAAUGUCCCCCUUUCUUAAGAAUUCAUUUUCCACCUUGUUCUUUGUACUUCAACUUUAACUUUCCUUUUGUAACUGUUCAGAAGUGAACAAUGUUCUUGCACACUAUUUUGAACCCAAAGUAUAAUAUGUGGUUGUGCCUCAA